AAACGGCGCGUUCGGGCGACAAGCGCUCAUUAUCAAACAAAAUUUCGUAGAGAAAAGAGAACGUGGAAGAAAAUAGGGUGUGUUUUAGUGCGCAAGCCACAUUCAGUGGAGAAAGAAAACGAAAAGAACAAUUGAAUCAAUUGCGAAAGCAACGUCAUAAAUAUUUCAAGAGCAUCGCCCCGUGAAACUAUAUAUAAAUUGGACUAUAGAAAACAAGCAAACUACAGCCAGCAUUGCAUCUGCACAUUGGAAUUGAUAUACAUACGGACUUUUAGUGAUAUUUAAGCUGUGAAAAUGGCCAAGGACUUUUACAAGAUUCUGGGCAUCGACCGCAAGGCCUCAGACGAUGAGAUCAAGAAGGCAUAUCGCAAACUGGCCCUGAAAUACCAUCCCGACAAGAACAAGAGUCCCCAGGCGGAGGAGCGCUUCAAGGAAAUCGCCGAGGCCUACGAGGUUCUUUCGGACAAGAAGAAGCGCGACAUCUUCGACAAGUAUGGAGAGGAUGGCCUGAAGGGCGGACAGCCCGGUCCGGAUGGCCAGGGCCAGCCAGGUGCCUACAGCUACCAGUUCCAUGGAGAUCCAAGGGCCACCUUUGCCCAGUUCUUCGGCUCGUCGGAUCCGUUUGGCGUCUUCUUUGGCGGCGGCGACAAUAUGUUUGGCGGUGGCCAAGGAGGAAAUACCAACGAGAUCUUCAUGAACAUCGGCGGCGAGGAUAUGUUCGGAGGCGGCGGCUUCGCUGCUAAUCCAAUGGCCGGAGCCUUCCGGUCGCAGUCCUUCAAUGCCCAGGCUCCCAGUCGUAAGCGCCAGCAGCAACAGGACCCGCCCAUUGAGCAUGAUCUGUAUGUGACCCUGGAGGAAGUGGACAAGGGCUGCACCAAGAAGAUGAAGAUCUCACGCAUGGCCACGGGCAACGCUGGGCCGUACAAAGAGGAGAAGGUGCUGAGCAUCACCGUGAAGCCGGGCUGGAAAGCUGGGACCAAAAUCACCUUCCCCAAGGAAGGCGACGCGGCGCCCAACAAGAUACCGGCGGACAUCAUCUUCAUCAUACGCGACAAGCCACAUUCGCAGUUCAAACGUGAGGGGAUCGAUCUGAAGUACACAGCCCAGGUCAGUCUGAAACAGGCCCUAUGUGGAGCGCCAGUGAGUGUGCCUACGCUGCAGGGCGAUAGGAUUCAGGUCAACACCGCCAACGAGAUCAUCAAGCCCACGACCACGCGGAGAAUUGGUGGACGUGGUCUGCCCGUGCCCAAGGAACCCUCGCGGCGCGGCGAUCUGAUUGUAUCCUUCGACAUCAAGUUCCCCGACACACUGCCGCCCAGCCUGCGGAACCAAUUGGCAGAGCUGCUGCCCAACUAGGCGGGCGGAGGUGCCAGCCACACACUACUGUUAUCACUUUUAGUUAAGGCCUAUAUUUAGUUAAACGUACGUACUCGUAAGACACCUAAGAAACCUUACCAAUUGUAGCCCGAAGCUAGUGAGUGUGCCAAGCGAACAGCUGUAGAUAUUGGCCGAGGAUGCAGACGCUAGAUAAGAUAGGGAAGAGAACACACAGAGAACCCGUUUUGUGUUGGAGACUGAUCGACUAUAACUAUUAUACCCUGGUACACGCCAAUUCCAUAAUUCGUUUUGUUUACCGCCGCCUCGGUGGUGCUUAACAUCUUAUAUUUAUUUGUCCCAAGAUAAGAAAUAAAAAAGGUAUUAUAAAUUGAAAGUAA